AUGACGCACGGGCCAGCUGAAUGGGAUUUGUGGCGAACCUAUCCAAUCAAUUCUCUAAUUACUCAGUCUCUGGCGGCGGAGAAGGUCUUAGGCUCUCUGGAGAGGCGAUAUCCUUAUGCCCGCGCGAUGACAACGCCGCGUGGGAUGUCGCUUCGGUGUAAAAGCCCGGAGUUCUGGGGUCUGAUCAACCCCAACUGGAACAUGUGCGAGCGCGGCCGCCGCCAGUCGCCCGUCGACAUCGAGCCCCGGAAGCUGGUUUACGACCCCCACCUCCGCCACGUCCACGUCGACAAACAAAGGAGAAAAUUAUGUGAGGAAACCGUAUCUACACGUAAGUUAACAGUCGAACAAGGGCUGUCCUCUUGGCUGAAGUGGACCUGCCGACGAGGGGUUGAGUUCAUGAAUAAUUACAUCGGCAAACAAGCAGACAGUGGCAGGCCAUCAGCCUCAGUUUGUGAGGAAGGCAUCGAUGCUGUUGGCUACAUGAUUGAAAACGAUGGACGAAUAACCACUGGAUUACUAGCAGACACCCUCAACAUCUCUGUCUCGGGCAGCCUCCACAACACGGGGCAGAGCGUGAUCUUCCGCGUGGAGAAAGGCUCGAAGCACCACGUGAACAUCACGGGCGGCCCCCUCGUCUACAAGUACCGCUUCCAGGACCUGUACAUCCACUUCGGCGCCGCCAACCACCAGGGCUCCGAGCACCUCAUCAACGGGGCGGCUUUCCCGGCUGAGAUCCAAUUAUACGGUUUCAACGCAGAAUUAUACCGCAACAUGAGCGAGGCAAGACUAGGCUCCAACGGCAUUGUGGGCCUCGCUAUCAUGGUGCAGGUGGGCGAGGAGGGCAACGAGGAGCUGCGCAUCCUGUCCUCGGGCUUCAACAAGGUGGUGUACCGAGGCAUGAAGUGGCCGGUGAAGCACCUGUCGCUGGCGGGCCUCCUGCCGGACACGCACCACUACAUGACCUACGACGGCUCCACGACCCACCCCGGCUGCUGGGAGACGUCCACGUGGCUCGUCAUGAACAAGCCCAUCUACAUCACCAAGCAGGAGCUGUACGCCCUUCGGCAGCUGAUGCAGGGCGACCAGGCCCUCCCGAAGGCGCGGAUGGCCAACAACUUCCGUCCCGUGAAGGCGUUGCACCACCGCACCGUCAGAACCAACAUCGACUUCACCAACGCCCACCGCGCCAAGGCCUGCCCCUCCAUGCACAGGGAGAUGUACUACGCAGCCCAGGAGUGGCCCAAGCUAUAGCCGGGUCGCAUAAUCCAGAACUGAUGCGUACGAAUCAGUCUUAAGCCUAUAUCCGGGUGUUGGUCUGGCGGUUCUUUCAGACAGCUUCCGUGUGUGUAGUGAGCUCACUGGGCUGAACAUUUGGAGUGAACACGCGCAGUGUGGAAAAGUGGUGAAGAAUUGUGUUUUCUUUACAAGCCUAUGUCAUUUCUAGGUCUUGGUUUUCAUGUGGAUUUGGACAGCUUUACAACAGUGGCUGUUAUGGUUUUAUAUAUAGCAUCAUUUUUUGUGGCCAAAGGAAUUAAUGUAUAUAAGUGC